CUGCAUUGAUUGGGAGGGAGAUUUUUCCGACUCCAAUGCUCAAAUCUCUCCCGCGCGCUCGCACAGGCUCGGGCCCCAGAGCGAGAGCGCGCACGUACCCGAAAUGGAGCGGACGUUCGCUAAAAGGCGGUGAUGGAAUGUAGGGAAAACAACUGGAUCCUAGCGAUGAUUUCCACCAUUGGCCACUGUUUAGUUCCGAUGGACGUGCCCAAGCGAGUGGCGUUUUUCUUUUUGUUUACCCGCGCAGCAGUGGACUAGAAAAACAGCAAGGUGCAAAUCGAGCGCACGCUGACGCUGGAUUUCGUUCGCGUGUGACCGUGUGUGUGUGUGCGUGCGUGUUUUAUUUUCCACACUGAAAUCGUGUUUUUCCAUCGCACCGAAAAGCAAAACAAAUUCUCGCUGCGGCAAAAAAAAAACGGCAGCUCGUUCCAGGCGGCGGCCUUCCCGGCAAAGGAUGUAACACGCCACGCAGUGCAGUGCAAAGCGAAACCGACAGGGGACCGCGGAAAACUCGGCGCCAUCAACCACUGUGCUUCUCUCCAUCAACCGCAACUCCCGCGGCGGGGUCGGUGACACGCUGGAAAAGGGCAGCACUGGACCUGCCGAAGGGAAAACGGCACUACCCCCGUAUGCUCUUUGUUCAAGGCGCACCAAACGUAAAAUAGACACACUGACACACCGAGCGAGAGUCCGAUGCGAUAGGCGGCCAACGGGGGAACGGCACACAGCAGCAGCGGCAACACGAUGAGCUACACGGCCGAGGAGAAGAUAAAGCUCGCGGGCGAAGACUCGAAGGAUCGGCUGUACGAGGCGAAACAGAACCAGAAGGCGAUACGCAUCCUGACGGUGGCGGCGUACGUGCUGUGCGUGUCGCUGGUCGCCAUCAUGCUGUCGCUCUACUACAUCUUCUUCUGGGAUCCGAGCACGAACCCGAUGCAGCAGAAAACGCAAACGAUCGAUACCCUUAUCAUACCGGACCAUCUGGCGAUCCGGCUGGCGAACCGCAGCGAGGUACCGGCGAGCCGCUUUUUCCACACCUUCUACCAGCACCUGGUGCAGGAUCGCGUCGUCAAGAUCCGGAAGGAGGUACAGAUCUCGGAGUCGUCCAAUCUCACCAAACUGAUCGAGCUGUACCAUCAGCAGCAGCAGCAGCAGCAGCAGCACCGUCCGGGCAAGCAGUCGCCGCCCGACGGUCCACUCUCCUACCAGCUGCAGGCGGAGCAGCAGCCAGGCUCGGCCGCGAGCGAUGGGCCCCGGCUGCACACGGACGAGGACGACGGUAGCGACGAUUACGAGCAGAGCGGCAACUACGAGCUGUACUCCAACCACACCACCAUCCAGCUCGAUGCCGACGAAACCGGGCCGCAAUGAGAGGUCAUUCUCACUGCACUGCUUGGAGCCCACAGACGCACCCCCCGGCUUAGUCGCGACUCUCUCUCUCACACACACACACACGCGCAUCUCGGUGCGGAACUAUACAUACAGGAAUUGCGCGCACACGUUUUCGUACGAUUUUAAUGCACCAAACACCACCCCACACACGUAACUGCUACAAACCGAGGAAGAAGAAACAAAUAUUAUAUACCUAUAUAUAUAUACAUAUAUACACGGCACCGACAGCAGAACAGGGAAGGUAUGCGCUGCAAGAGGUGGCAUGAGGGACGGACGAGCGCGGGCGCGUAUCCUGCGUGCCACGUGCUGGCGCACGCUUGCGGAGGAUGAAAAACGCGGAUGGUACAGUGGAGUAGUGUAACUUUGUGGCCUAAAACCGAAUUACCGUGCGUGCGUGUGUGUGUGUCACUAACCCAACCAAAUAUGUAAACAAAAAAACAAAAAC